GAUCCAGUGAAGUUAGUCAUUGUGAUUAGUAGCGAUGACAAAUCUGCUAAUGAAAACGCUAAAACUCGGGCAUUGCGUGCAGUCAAAAAUAUUAGGAAGGAAGUCCACAGUGCGCCAAUUUGUGUUGUCGCUCAAUCGGAUAAUCGCAGUAAUGUCGAUAAAAACAUCUGGGAAGAGGAUGGCAUAGUGUUAAUGUUCCACGGAUCUGACGUAAUCGCAUCGGCCCUCCACGUACAUAAAAAUGAUAACAACGAAACGUUGGAAACAAAGUUAGAGAAAUGGAAGGAGGAAUUGCUCUUCCUUAACAGUCAUCAAGUAAUAGCCUUCCAUUUUACUGUGGUCAAUGGCACUGAGCCGGAAGAUAGCGAAGAGAUAUUCAGUAAUACAUUCCCAGACAUUCCGCUAAGUACGCUACGUUUACUUGAUGAAUCAUCGAUGACUGGAGUAAACUAUAAGGUUGAAACGAAGUCUGAUUUCUAUGCCGGUCCCGUAUAUGUAAUUGUUGGUUUUCGAAAAUUCGAUGGACAAAAUCCAGCUAAAGAAGAUCUUUUCGAGGGAAAUGAUUGA